UCCAAAAUGGUAGACGAACUGUCAUGACUAAUUAAAGGUCCUAAUUUCAUACGUUUUGCUCGAAAACUAAAAAAAAUAGAUGAUAAAUACGCAUCAGUUGGUGAUGCAAAUGUUAGUGUUGAAAGAGUACCAUUGGCAUUAAUUAGACAUUGGAGAGGACAGUCUAAUUCAUGAAAUAUGUCCAAUUCAAGCUCUGGGUCUGCGAGUCAAACCACAACACAAAGUGAAAGUCCAAAAAGAAGGGGGAUUGCUUCAUCAUCCCAACACAUCCCAUUAUCUAGCUCAGCAUCUUCAGCAACUGGUGAGACUAUUCAGGCCAUCAUUUCUUCGUUGUCGAGUUCAUGUGAAUCAAAAGUGUACAAUUCUCUCGUGCAGCUAAGAACGAAAUAUACCCGAGAGAAGACCAACGUACAAAUAUUUCAUAAUUGUGGGGGAAGUGAUGCACUUUUGACAUUGGUGUCUAAGACCAUUAAUGAUGCUAGCACUUGUAUUUCCACCUCCAACACGAACGUCAUAGGCAAUGAUGUUGAAGUUGGUGGGACUGUUGGAACAUCUGUUGUGCAGGAGAGUUUGAACGGAAGCCGAGUACCAAGAAGAAAACGAGAAACUGGCUUGGUUGCAGUCAGUCCAACAUGCAAGAACCCAAUAUUGGUGAAGGCAACUGCAAAUCGACAACCCUGCCCUCAAUGCCUGCAGAGUCGGUUGGGAGAAGGCCUGUCAAUCGCUGAAGGUUUACCCAAUGAAGAGUGCAGUCAUGGUACACGAGAAAUGAUGAUGUUAAGUCGACCACAACGAAAGCUGCUGGACCUUUGCCUGAGUAUUCUUGGGAACUGUGUACUUCUGGAUGAAAGAAUUAGAGAUUUGUUGGUCAAAAGGGAUGCCAUCCAUAUAUUAGCAAAACUGCUCAUAUCUUGUGAUACGGAUAGUAUCUGCAAUCGUGCCAGCCGGACAUUGGCGAAUAUAGCUUUAGAUAAGAGGACCAUCCACUUGGUUGUGAAAGAGGAGCAUUUCAUCACGACAAUCAUCAAAGUCCUCACUGAGAGUGAAAACAAGGACUGUCAACAGAGUUAUGUAAGACUACUGAGGUUAAUUGGUGCUGUCGAUUGUGGACGUGAAGCCAUCAUCAAAGCUGAAGGACUGCGACCCAUUGCUGAGAAACUGAAGUUGGAUCAUGAACCACUGGUUACUGCAUCAUUCAGGGCAGUUCAGGACCUCACAGCUAGGUUAAGUGAUAGCUGUGUUGGUCAGAUGAUAGAAGCGGAUUGUACCUCUUUCCUUGUUGAAUCUCUCUCUUCCACGAAUAAGACAUUCUCCGAAUUCGCCUUGUCUAUCCUGCUAAGCCUAGCCCUGCAUAAAGAUUUCCGGCCUGCAUUUGGUGCAGCAGCAGGUAUCAAGUCUUUCAUAAGCCUUGCAGAAUCCGAAUCAAAGACUCAACAGAUCACUUUGAAAGUUAUAAACGUGCUUUGUCUUUGCUGUGGGGAAUCAGUAAACCGAAUCAAGAUGAGAGAAUUAGGAGGAAUUAUCUUGUUAAUGAAGUGUAUACGGGAUGCAUCCAUGUCAGCUUUACACAACAGGAUUUUAAGUUCAUUUGUGUGUUUUCUGUAUGAUGAGGCUAGCUUUUCUCUGAUGCUGGAAAACUCUCUGAUGGACAUCCUUAUAGAGCAGCUGAGCAAGUGUUCAGAUGUUAAGACAGUUGAUUUGGUUGCUAUGGCCAAUGAUGUAAUUAACCAGGAAAUUCAUAAGGAAGAAGACUUCAAGUGCGAAGACUUGUUGGGUAAUGAACCUUCUGGUUUAUUUUGUGAGAAGUUUGUUGACUUGGAGGAUGCUCCACAGGAUGCUGUCGAAAUGACGGAGUAUGGGAAUGAAAAGGAUGAGGUUUCUUUCGAAGCUGCUGAUGGGCUUGGUACCAUAGCUACUGCUGUAACAGAAGAGUCCACAGCUCCUGUCAAGAAUGAAGCAGUGGAGGAUGGCUCGAAAACAUCACUAGCAACAGAAUGUGUUAAAUACAGCAUCGAUAGCCCAUCCUAUGAACACACUGAAUGGGACUAUACACAGUACUCCAAAGGUGUGAAAUGCAAGACAUCCUUUUCAGCUGAUCCUUCAGGUGGCUGGUCACCUAUUGGGUCUGAUUGGAGUGGUUACCAUAGUGACUCAUCCUCACAUUACAGCUCCAAGUUCUCUCCCACUUACAGUAGUCCAAGAUCAAGUUACAGUCCGUUGAGUAACUCAUCAUUUGUGUCACCAUCAGUGUCUCCAUUCUAUGGCCCAACCUACAGCCCGCCAUCAUCCCCUGACUACCAGUCCUCAGAGUCUAACCAUGCAGCCCCUCCAGGUCCAAUGGCUGCCACUUCAGGAUUAAAUCAUGGUCGAGAAAAGGCAAGAGUUGUACAACACUUGUCUUUCUCACUUGAACACACUUGUGAAAGUUACUCACAACCUUCUCUUGACGUCCUCUCAGCCUCUACUGCAAAAAUCACUCAAACUGACCAAAUUCUUCAGCCUAUCCAAAGUGUGCCAGAGACUAUCCCACACGUUUCACUACCAAUUGGAAGUGGCCUCAUGACUAAUGUGGUAGAAUCCAAUGUGGAAAGGAAACCAGUUGUUUUAACCGAUGUGCAGGUCACUGAGAAUGAGUCCACUCCAAUGCUGAGUUCUAGUAAAUCGGACCAAAUUCAAAGUACCAUUGCUGGUACACUAGGUUCAGCACUUGUAGGAUCCUUGGGAAAAUGUACCUCCGAAUCUGAGCAAGAAGCAGUUGUAAAGGUCAAAACAAGCAGCUCCGAUGGACAGCUGACAGCCAGUAGCACUAAAAGCAAAGACGGCUCCGAUCUGAAAAGACCCAAUGUACGCAAGAAACGAAGUGUGUCUGAUCCUCUGUCUGUCUUGGAUGGUUCUGAUGUGAGCAGUGGAAGCUGCAGAGAUGAUCUGGUGUCAUCUGAAAAUGCAACUGUGAUCAAUAUAUUGACAUUGAUAUCUCGAAUCUCCCACAUGGAUGACCCGAGUGUGUAUCUCCUCAACACAAAAUGUAUGGAUUUAUUACUGAGUUACAUUGUUCUUUGUCACAACCCUCCUGCCAAGGCCUGGCGCAUCUUGAUCAGGCUUGCUCGCAACCGGAACUGCUUUGAAAGACUCCUUGAAAAGAAUGUGCCAUUGAAGGUGUCCAUUCUACUCGGCCAAACAAGGGAUGGUGUUGUUAAGUUUCUGAUAGCUGCGGCUAAAACUGAAUCUCGUGGUAGUCUUCUACAAUCUUCUGAUCAACUUCAAAAGGAGACAUUGCUUUGUGAGCGUGAGGACAAUCAACUAGUUACAAUGAAGGAGUUGGGAAGUCCAAGCCAUGUUGCGGCUGCAGUUGGAGCAGCAAGAGACGCUGAAGCAAGAAAACAGAUGCAGACAUUGUCCGAGGAGUUCAUCCAAGCUCUGAUGCUUGUUGUUGAAUCCCGAUACGGACAGGAAGUGAUACUGCACAGAGUCAGAAAUGGAACAGACAAGGAGAGGAGAAUGUGGGCCAUGAAUGCACUUUACCUUUGCAGGAGUCAUUUUCUUCAAUCAAGGAUGUUGCUGAAAGGUGGUGCACUGGAGCUUGUAUUUGAUGAACUGGUAUCUGGUCAGAAGACACUGUUGAUGUUUGCUGUUCACUGUCUAGCAGUUCUUGGUAGUCUACUGAGAGAAAGAGCCUUGGACUCAAAAUCAAAAUUCGGGAUUGUGGACACAAAACGUAUGUCUGCUGACAAGAUUGAUGAUGGAAGUAAUAAUGCAGGGACUGAUUCAAUUGAAAAAAUGCAUCCGAGUAAACGCAGAAGAGUUGUGAUGGGCAGGUGUUGUUUCGAGACAUCGGACAUGGACCUGGAUGUAACGUUUUCUUUUGAUAAUCACAGCCAUGUCAGUACCAAUCGACGUAAGCUCUGUUCAAAAUCAACUGUUUUUGCUGCCAUGUUGGAAGGAUAUUAUUCUGAGUCAAGUAAAUGUACUGUUUCAAUCUCAGAAGUACAACCUGAGGCUUUUGUAGCAAUGUUACAUUUUCUCAACGGGUGUGACAGACAACCUCAUUGUCCUUCCUUACACUGUUCUGAUCUUUCAAAGAAUCUCGAAGUUCUCCGCCUGGCUGACAAAUAUUUAUUAAGUGAUCUGAAGCAGUUUGCUGUCAACAAGUUAAAGGGAUUGAUCUCUCAAACUACUGUGUGUCAGAUUACAGAGUACGCCACUUUGCUCAAGUGUAAUACACUACUCAACCAGUGUUUCUAUUUCAUUAUGUUUUCCCAUUUCCCUAUAGCUUUAAGGAUGAAGUUAAUUGAUUCACUUGUUCAGGGAGAUCACAGGCUGGAGACAAUGCUCGAACUGAAGCUUCUCAUUUGUAAAAUAAUUCAGGAUUGAUGUUGCUUUGAAAUGUUUACUGAGUGGAGACACAUGACGAGUACAGAGGCAAUUAUGCCUGAUAAAGAUGGGAGAAAAUUUGUAAACAUUCUUGUUUGGUGUUGUAUAACACUGUACCACUAUGUGGCUGUGAUUACUCCUUUCCAUGUAAAACUUAUUUCAAU